AGGGGAGACAAGAUGGCGGCGGCGGUAGAGGGGCUGAGGCGGAGGUGAGGCGCCGCCGGACCGGGCCGCCCGCGUUGCUGCAUGCCGGCCGUUUCCUAGAAACAUGAUUGCUUGCUGGUCUUGAUCUCACAGCUUUGUGUGAAGACUUCUUCUCUGAUAAUGUCAAGUUCGGGCUAUCCUCCUAACCAAGGAGCAUUCAGCACAGAACAGAGUCGUUACCCUACGCACUCUGUCCAGUACACCUUCCCUAGCACCCGACAUCAGCAGGAGUUUGCAGUUCCUGAUUAUCGUUCUUCUCAUCUGGAAGUCAGUCAGGCAACUCAGCUUUUGCAACAGCAACAGCAGCAGCAGCAGCUUCGGCGACGGCCUUCCUUGCUUUCAGAAUUUCACCCGGGCUCUGACAGGCCUCAAGAAAGGAGAACUGGAUAUGAGCAGCAGUUUCAUCCAGGUCCAUCACAGACAGAUCAUGAUUCUUUGGACACUAAGCGUCCACGUCUUGAACAAGUUUCUGAUUCCCAUUUUCAGCGUGUCAGUACUGCUGCUGUCCUACCUUUAGUACAUCCUCUGCAGGAGGGAUUGCGCUCUUCAGAUAUUAAGAAGGAACCAGCUUUUGGAGGCAAGCAUGAAGGGCCAUCCUCUCCCAUUCCUGGUCAGCCAUGUGGAGAGGACCAGAAUGCUUCACCUUCAAAACUGUCGAAGGAAGAGCUUAUACAGAGCAUGGAUCGUGUAGAUCGAGAAAUUGCAAAGGUGGAACAGCAGAUCCUUAAACUGAAGAAGAAGCAACAACAACUUGAAGAAGAAGCUGCUAAGCCUCCAGAGCCAGAGAGGCCUGUCUCCCCUCCUCCAGUGGAACAGAAACACCGCAGUAUUGUCCAAAUUAUUUACGAUGAAAAUCGGAAAAAAGCAGAAGAAGCUCACAAGAUUUUUGAAGGUCUUGGUCCAAAAGUUGAACUACCACUUUACAACCAGCCGUCAGACACAAAGGUGUACCAUGAAAACAUCAAAACAAACCAGGUGAUGAGGAAGAAGCUAAUUUUAUUUUUUAAGAGAAGAAAUCAUGCAAGGAAACAAAGGGAACAGAAGAUUUGUCAACGUUAUGAUCAAUUGAUGGAGGCAUGGGAGAAAAAAGUUGACAGGAUAGAAAAUAAUCCUCGUAGGAAAGCUAAAGAGAGUAAAACAAGAGAGUACUAUGAGAAACAGUUCCCAGAAAUCCGAAAACAGAGAGAGCAGCAAGAACGAUUUCAAAGGGUUGGUCAAAGAGGGGCUGGUCUUUCAGCAACCAUUGCUAGAAGUGAACAUGAGAUUUCUGAAAUCAUUGAUGGACUCUCUGAGCAGGAGAACAAUGAAAAACAAAUGCGUCAGCUCUCUGUCAUUCCUCCCAUGAUGUUUGAUGCAGAACAAAGACGAGUGAAGUUUAUUAAUAUGAAUGGUUUGAUGGAGGAUCCCAUGAAGGUUUAUAAAGAUAGACAGUUCAUGAAUGUUUGGACAGACCAUGAGAAGGAGAUCUUCAAGGAAAAGUUUGUCCAACAUCCCAAGAACUUUGGUCUAAUUGCUUCCUACCUGGAAAGAAAGAAUGUUCCUGACUGUGUGCUAUAUUAUUAUCUAACCAAGAAAAAUGAGAAUUAUAAAGCGCUUGUGCGAAGAAAUUAUGGAAAACGUAGAGGAAGAAACCAGCAACAAAUUGCACGUCCUUCCCAAGAAGAAAAGGUAGAAGAAAAAGUAGAAGAAGAGAAAGCAGAAAAAACAGAGAAAAGAGAGGAAGAAAAGAAAGAUGAAGAGGAAAAGGAUGAGAAGGAGGAAUCUAAAGAGAACACCAAAGAGAAGGACAAAACAGAAGUUGCCCCAGAGGAAACUGAGGAAAGGGAGCAAGCAACUCCUAGGGGACGAAAGACUGCCAACAGCCAAGGCCGCCGUAAGGGCAGGAUCACCAGAUCAAUGACAAACGAAGCUGCGGCCGCAAAUGCUGCUGCAGCUGCUGCUACUGAAGAACCACCGCCUCCUCUCCCACCCCCGCCAGAACCUUCUUCUGCAGAGCCUGUGGAGACCUCCCGCUGGACAGAAGAAGAAAUGGAAGUUGCUAAAAAAGGAUUAGUGGAACAUGGUCGCAAUUGGGCAGCAAUUGCCAAAAUGGUUGGAACUAAAAGUGAAGCUCAGUGUAAAAACUUCUACUUCAACUACAAAAGGAGACAUAAUCUGGACAACCUCCUUCAGCAGCACAAGCAGAAAUCUUCACGACGGCCCCGUGAAGAACGGGAUGUAUCUCAGUGUGAAAGUGUGGCAUCAACUGUGUCAGCUCAGGAGGAUGAAGAUAUUGAAGCGUCCAAUGAAGAAGAAAAUCCAGAAGACAGUGAAGGUGCCGAAAACAGCUCAGAUACAGAGAGCGCUCCAUCUCCUUUACCAGCAGAAGCUGUUAAACCUAGUGAAGAUGCUGUGUCUGAGGGCACUGUUUCUAGAAUAACCACUGAGACGGCAGCAGAGCAGGAAUCUGCCAUUAAAACUGCACCCAGUGCCUCCCCUUCUGCAGCAGCCCAGUGCACGCAAACAGCUGAAACUCAGAACUCUGAGCCCCAGGUUAAAGAAGAAAUAAAUAAUGAGGUGGGAGAGCCUAUGGAGGUGGACAAUAGAAGCCACUCAGCUGAAGUUAAACCUAUGCUUAACCUUCCAGUGCAUACCAAAGCAGAGCCUGUAGACACUGAAAUGAGGUUACCAGAAAAUAUUCAAGUGAAAAUAGAAAGUGAAACCAAAGAAAGGGAUAUGGAGAAACCCAAGGAAAAGUCAGAACCUGAGGAAAUGGACUUCAGUCUCACACAACAGUCUGCUACAGCAAGACAGGAAACCCAUUCAGACAACGAUUCGAGCGCCACGUGUAGUGCCGAUGAGGAUGUUGAUGGAGAACCUGAAAGACAAAGGAUCUUCACUAUGGACUCAAAGCCUUCACUGCUAAACCCAACUGGAUCAAUACUAGUAUCAUCCACAAUAAAACAAGGACAGAUGGACUUGCAACAACUUCACCAUCGAGCUGCUGUCAUACCUCCUAUGGUCUCUUGUAGCCCAUGUACUGUACCUGUUGGCACACCAGUGAGCGGUUAUGCUCUCUACCAGCGGCACAUUAAAGCUAUGCAUGAGUCAGCGUUGCUGGAAGAGCAGCGCCAAAGGCAAGAGCAGCUAGAUAUGGAAUACAGAAGUUCUGCGAGCCCGUGUGGUACAUCCAAGAGCCCCAGCAUGGAGUGGGAAGGAAAAUCAGUUGCCUAUAUGCCUUAUGCUGAGGUCAAACGAGCAAUAGAGCAGGAAGCACAGGUGCAAAAUACAGCAGCAAGGUCAGCAUCACCGUACAGGCUAUCUCCAAGAGAAGUCAAUAAAGCCUCUCCUCAGCCUGAUAUGAAUGCCGCUCGCUAUAGUGUCCCACCAGUCCUCCAGCCUGCUCCUCAUCAAGUAAUCACAAAUAUACCAGAAGGGGUCCGGCUCUCAACAACCCGACCUACCAGACCACCACCGCCACUCAUUCCAUCCUCCAAAACUUCUGUGCCAUCAGAAAAGCCAUCGUUCAUUAUGGGAGGUUCAAUCUCACAAGGAACACCUGGCACUUACUUAACAUCCCAUAGUCAAGCUUCUUAUGGUCAAGAACCAGCAAAGCCCUCUGUGGGUUCCAUAUCUCUUGGACUGCCAAGGCAACAGGAGUCUGCCAAACCUGCUGCCAUACCCUAUAUCAAGCAAGAAGAGUUCUCUCCCAGAGGCCAGAAUUCCCAGCCUGAGGGUCUUUUGGUCAGGGCACAGCAUGAAGGCGUGGUCAGAGGUACCACAACAACCAUACAAGAAGGAAGUAUAACACGAGGAACUCCAACCAACAAGGUUUCUGUCGAAACUAUGCCUUCGCUGCGAGGAUCCAUUACUCAGGGUACCCCAGCUCUGUCUCAAUCUGGCAUUGCUGCUGAUGCAUUACUGAAAGGAACCAUCACUCGACUGGCUACCGAAGACAGCAGCCCUGAGAAGUGCCGAGAUGAGUCUACAGCCAAAGGCCAUGUUAUUUAUGAAGGCAAGAGUGGGCAUAUCUUAUCCUAUGAUACAGCUAUUAAGAAUGUCCGAGAAGGAACAAGGAGUCCACGGACUGCUCAUGAAAUGGGUUUAAAGCGAAGUUAUGAUACUAUGGAAGGAAAUAUAAAGCAAGGAAUGCCCAUGAGGGAGUCUCCAGUCUCUGCACCAUUAGAAGGGUUAAUAUGCCGUGCACUGCCCAGGGGCAGCCCUCAUGCUGAACUGAAAGAAAGAACUGUGCUGUCUGGCUCUAUAAUGCAAGGCACACCCAGAACGACGGCGGAGAGCUUUGAAGACGGUCUGAAGUAUCCCAAGCAGAUUAAGAGAGAAUCUCCACCCAUAAGGACAUUUGAAGGAGCCAUUACCAAGGGAAAGCCCUAUGAUGGAGUCACUACCAUUAAAGAAAUGGGCCGUUCUAUCCACGAAAUCCCCAGGCAGGACCUACUGAGCCAAGAAAGUCGCAAGACUCCAGAAAUAGUGCAGACUGCAAGGCCCAUUAUAGAAGGCUCCAUUUCUCAGGGUACACCUAUAAAAUAUGAAAGUAACUCUGGCCAGUCUGCCAUCAAACACAACGUUAAAUCUUUAAUCACUGGACCAAGUAAACUACCCCGCGGAAUGCCUCAGCUGGAAAUGAUGCCAGAAAACAUGAAAGUGGUUGAACGAGGAAAAUAUGAAGAUGUGAAGAAUGCGGAUGCUGUACGUACCCGCCAUACAUCAGUGGUCAGUUCUGGUCCCUCUGUUCUCAGGUCAACUCUUCAUGAAGCUCCCAAAUCACAGCUGAGCCCUGGGAUUUAUGAUGAUACCAAUGCAAGAAGGACACCUGUGAACUAUCAGAGCUCUAUGUCCAGGAGUUCCCCAAUGAUGAACAGAGUUACUGAAGCUGGAAUGUCUUCUGGGAAGUCUACAAAUCAUGAAAGGAAAACACCGCUCACUCCAACUCAGAGAGAGAGUGUACCAGCAAAAUCACCAGUCCCAGGGGUCGACCCAGUAGUAGCUCACAGUCCCUUUGACCCCCAUCAUAGAGGAGCUACUACAGAAGGCUACAGAAGCCAUCUUCCCCCUCAUUUGGAUCCAGCCAUGCCAUUUCACAGGGCUCUGGAUCCUGCUGCAGCUGCAUACCUGUUUCAGAGGCAGCUUUCACCCACCCCAGGUUACCCAAGUCAGUACCAGCUUUAUGCGAUGGAGAACACACGGCAGACAAUCCUAAAUGACUAUAUUACCUCACAGCAGAUGCAGGUUAACUUACGCCCUGAUGUAACCCGAGGAUUAUCUCCUAGAGAGCAAACGUUAGCUCUCCCAUAUGCAGGAGCCAGAGGAAUUAUUGACCUGAAUAAUAUGGCUCCCACUAUCUUAGUGCCACACCCAGGAGGAACAAGCACCCCUCCUAUGGAGAGGAUCACUUAUAUCCCUGGCACCCAGCUUACGUUCCCUCCCAGGCCUUACAAUCCUGCCUCUCUGUCACCAGGACACCCUACACAUCUGGCCGCUUCAGCUGCAGCAAAUGCUGAAAGGGAACGGGAGAGAGAGAGGGAGAAGGAACGAGAGAGGGAGAGAGAACGUGAACGAGAGCAGGAAAGGCAGCGAGAGCGAGAAAGGGAGAGAAUAGCUGCUGUUCCCAGUGAACUCUACCUUCGGCCUGGUACAGAGCAGCCUGGUAGACCUGGCAGUCAUGGGUACGUUCGCUCACCUUCUCCUUCAGUGAGAACGCAAGAGAACAUACUGCAGCAAAGGCCCAGUAUUUUCCAAGGAACCAACGGGACAAGUGUGAUCACACCUCUGGACCCUGCUGCCCAGCUACGUAUCAUGCAGCUCACCCCUGGAGCCCCCACCAUCACUCCAGGCUUGCCUGCUUCCCGGUACAACACGGCAGCUGAUGCCCUGGCUGCACUUGUAGAUGCUGCAGCCUCUGCUCCUCAGAUGGAAGUUGCCAAAGCAAAAGAGAACAAGCAUGAAGGAGGCAGAAUAGAAGAGAACAUGGGGCGCAGGUCAGCCGUGGUUACUGAGCAGCAGCCACAGGUGGAGCAGGAAGUGCUGGACAUGGAAAAGAGACCUGUUCAGUGUCCCUAUACAUCAGCAGCCUUUUCCAGUGGCAAGUCCCAGGGUCAGUCUUCGUCCUCAGUAGUGUAUUCAGAGGCUGGUAAAGAGAAGGGGCAUUCUAAAUCCAGGUACGAGGAGGAGUUACGAACCCGAGGGAAGACCACCAUUACUGCUGCGAACUUCAUCGAUGUGAUCAUCACUCGGCAGAUUGCUUCAGACAAGGAUGCACGGGAUCGGGGCUCGCAGAGUUCAGAUUCUUCUAGCAGUUUAUCCUCCCACCGGUAUGAGCCACCUGGAGAUGCCAUUGAGGUGAUCACUCCUGCAAGUUCGCCAGCGCCUGCACAAGAAAAACUGCAGCCCUAUCAACAAGAGGUGCCCAAACCAAACCAGGCAGAGAAUGAUCCCAACAGACAGUAUGAGGGGUCGAUUCAUCGGUACAGGGCACAACAAGAAUCUCCAUCUCCCCAGCAGCCUCCACCACCUUCCUCACAGGCAGAAGGGAUGGCACAUGUGCCCAAGACCCAUCGUCUGAUCACCCUUAAUGACCAUAUCUGUCAAAUCAUUACACAAAAUUUUGCUCGAAACCAGUCGGCCUCCCAGACCUCCCUGCAGCCUCCCACAAGUACAUUCCAGAACUCAGCUCCUGUUGCAAGUCCCACGCCCCUUCGGGCCAAGGCACCCAACCGCUACAGUCCCGAGUUGCAGUCACAGUCUGUCCACUACCAACGGUCUGCUGCUAGGGUAUCUCCUGAGAAUCUCUCCGACAAAGGCAGGGGAAGACCUGGGAAGUCUCCAGAAAGAAGUCAUGUCUCUUCAGAGUCCUACGAGCCCAUCUCACCCCCUCAGGUCCCAGUUGUGCAUGAGAAACAAGACAAUGUUCUGCUGCUUUCCCAAAGAUCCGAGCCUACUGAACAGAGGACUGACUCUCGCUCUCCUGGGAGUAUAAGCUACUUGCCUUCGUUUUUCACCAAGCUUGAAAGCACAUCACCAAUGGUGAAGUCCAAGAAGCAGGAGAUAUUUCGUAAGUUGAACUCCUCUGGUGGAGGUGACUCUGACAUGGCAGCUGCUCAGCCAGGAACUGAAAUAUUCAAUUUGCCAGCAGUCACUACCUCAGGUGCGGUCAGUUCUAGGGGUCAUUCCUUUGCAGAUCCUGCCAGUAAUCUGGGUCUGGAAGACAUUAUUAGGAAGGCAUUGAUGGGAAACUUUGAUGACAAAGGGGAGGAUCAUGGAGUUGUAAUGUCACAACCUAUAGGGGUAGCACCUGGCAGUUCCAACCCUGCAGUAUCAGCAAACAGUGAGACCCGUAGAGAAGAAGCUAAUCCAUCGCCCAAUUCAGGAGUGGGAGUCGGCAAGCAGAAGUUAAUCGGCAAGUCCAGUAGCAGGAAGUCUAAAUCUCCUAUUCCUGGGCAGGGCUAUUUAGGAACUGAGAGACCUUCGUCUGUCUCAUCUGUACAUUCAGAAGGAGAUUACCAUAGACAAACUCCAGUGUGGGCCUGGGAGGACAGGCCUUCAUCAACAGGAUCCACGCAGUUCCCUUACAACCCCCUGACGAUGCGGAUGCUCAGCAGUACACCGCCAACAUCCAUCGCAUGUGCUCCACCAUCCAUGAGCCAAGCAACCACUCACCAACAGAACAGGAUCUGGGAGCGAGAGCCUGCCCCACUGCUUUCAGCACAAUACGAGACUCUGUCUGACAGCGACGACUGAACUAUGCAGAGGUGGUUUUUCUUCUUUUCUUCUUUUUUUUAAAUUUGCGGGUCAAAGGAAAUCUUCUUUUUGACUUGUGCCCAAAGAGACUUUCCCAAGAGAGCAAGGGCCAUAUGAGAUGGAGAAGCGACGGAAACUUUUAUUUGGAGAGUCGAUUUGAAAGAUGCCUUCUGCACAGCCCAUGUAGAGGAUUGUGAUUGAGGAAGGUUGACGUACUAAAGAUAAAUAUGUAAAGAGUUUUUAAAAAUAUGGACUAUUCCUGUUCUACAUCUGUUUGUAAAGAAAACCAUGUCCUUAAAUCAUUCUUCUGUAAAUAGAGAGUACUUUUUGCAGUGGUUUUCCCCUUGCUGUAGUAUCUGGUGUACUUAUGUUCAAAUCAAUGCAUAAACUUCGGGGGUCAUUUUGUAAUUUUUUUUAAACAUCUUCUCAAGUGUAGAAUACUCCUCAUAACCCAAGCCUGCCUACAGCAGCAGCAUUGCCCUCUAAUGCUGUGCUGCUUCCCACAGGCCUUGUGCUUUGAUCUAAUUUCUCCUUAGACACAUUUUCUCAGUGGUGUUCAAGCGCUUGUGAAAAUGUUUUUUUGUUUUUAAGACUGCCCCCUUAAUGAACUCUGUACAUUAACAUCGUCUGGUCCACUGGAGGAAGAUGAUAUAUUUCUCUUUGAUUUUUAAAUUUCUGCCACAUUGUAAAUUUUCAGUGCGGUCAGUUUUAUUUAGCAACACUGCAGAACUAUUAUUGCAUGGGUAUGUUUAUGGUUCAGUUUAAAAGGAAAAAAACCCCGAAGCAGCUUCUGGGAGCAUACCUCACUGUUCCCCACACUGGUGACCGAGUGGCGUUCUAGGGGACCCUUUCCGUGUUUCCUGGCUUCUGCAUUGUAUGCAGCCCGAAGAGGUUACUGUUUGAAACAAAUCUCACUGCCAUGCACAACUGCAGCAAACCGCUGGUCUGAACAAAGGCUCUGGGUGGUUAAUUGGUUUGUCAAGAGAAACGGAGCAACAGCCAGCUCUGGUUUA